AUGUCGGAUGAGACCGCGCCGGCUGCGGGUACCCGCCUGGCUAACUAUAGCAGCUCGGGGAGAUCACGAUCCAAGGACACCAGAUCCAUCUUCCAAUCAAUCUUUCACAAAUUCGUAAAGACCGGCAAGCGGUUUGGCUUCGUGCCCAACAGCAAGUCCUUCAGCAUCAAAUCAUUGCCGAACUCUUCGACGGCAGACUCCACUUGGCCCCGGUCGUCAAGCCCAGAGCGGCCCUCGACGUUGGUACCGGGCCAGGAUUAUGGGCCUUGGUGGAACAAUCCAAACUGCGCCGUCAUUGGUAUCGAUAUCGAAAAAGUCCGCCCGCCGUACACAGUUCCCAACUGCCAGUUCAAGUUGAUGGACGUCACGGCCGGCUGGACGAUCGACAAGCAUUUCGACUACAUCCAUGUCCGCAUGCUCGGCGAUAUCGUGGACAAGGAGAAGCUCAUCCAGUCCAUCUACGACCACCUGAACCCCGGGGGCUGGGUCGAGUUCAGCGAGUGGAUCGCCAUCCUUCACUCCCCGAACCAUUCCCUAGACGGCAGCGCUACCCAGAAAUGGAACUCCCUCCUCGAUCAGGGUCUCCGGAAUAUGGGGCGCGAUAUCGGAUACGUCCGUCACUAUCCGCCGCUGUUGGAGAAGGCCGGCUUUGAGAGACUGAAACUGACCAAGCAUGCCGCACCCACGAACGCGUGCUAUCCGGGCAAAAAGUGCCAGAAGUUCGGCGCCAUGAUGGCGAACAACUGGAACGCCAUCAUCGAGCCCCUCACCGUCCCUAUCUUCACCAUCGGCCUCGACUGGCCAGAGAGCGAGGUCCAUGUGCUGUUGAAGAAGGUCCGCAAAGAGAUUCCAGACCCCCAAUACCAUUCAUUCAUGACAUUGUUGACCGUGUACUGCCGAAAGCCACGCCACGGCGCUUCGUCGUCCGCCUCGCUGGCAAGCUCAUCACGAUCGGCGCAAGCCUCGGCAUCACAAGCGUCUUUCUCCAAUUUCAGUUCACAGAGUUAG